UGAAAUGAAAACUGCUGCCGCCUACAGGCUAAAAUCAAAGUAGCAGGUUCAGAGUUUUGAUUGUGUUUUCAGCGUGUUUGUGCUGUUUGCCUCCACGCCCCAGUGUCAGCGCCUCCCAGACUGCGUUUUAACUUAUAAACAUGUCUACAAUCAGAGAGCGAGCUGCAGCUUUGAACCUUGCAGAGAAACUGUGUGUGCGUCCUCAAGCUCCUGGAGUGGCCAUCAAACCAGCGCAGGCUUCCUCCAUCUGGAGCAGUCUCAUCUCACACCUCAGGUCCACUGUGAUGGUAAAGCGCCGACUGGUCCACCUCAGGUCCCACAACGACUGUUUCCUCGGUUCAGAGGCUGUGGAUGUUCUGGCAGGACACAUUACUAAUGCUAAAGGCUUUGAGGGUGCCAGUGUCUCCCGAGACAAAGUGGUGUGUGUGUGCCAGGCUCUUCUGGAGUGCGGUGUGUUUGAGGGCGUGGGAACAAAAAUGUUCAGUAAAAACAAGAAGCAGGGUGCGUUUGAGGACAGCAGGAGCGCUCUGUACAGGUUUGUAGGUGCGUGUUCACCUGCCGCUGAGGAGUUGGAACAACACAUUCUUGUGAAUGGGAUCCAAAGGUUGUUUUGCAGCUCUGCUCCAGACAGUGACAUGUCCGUCCCUGCUAGAGUGUUAGAGACAUCUGUGAAGACCUGCCAGCUCGAAUCUCGUUUCACAGCUAAGGUGACGUCAGAGUGUCGUGUGGACAGUCCCAGCAGAGAGCUGACAGACUCAGCUCUACCACAGUCAUUGGUUAAUGAGGUGUGGCAGGAGCAGACCCUGCUCAGGCUGUUAAACCUUGUGGAGCUCCCUCUGCUGGAAGGAGUGCUCCAGUGCAACCAGAACCCAACCUCUCCAACUCCAGCCAACCAGGUGGCUCAUGAUAACCCUGACCUGAUCUACAGCAGCAACCACCUGGACAGACAGGUCCUCAAGGCCUUCAGGGACUCCCAGGAAGAUGAGUGGCUUUCUGCAGCUCUGGACUGUUUGGACUUCCUCCCUGACCAGUUGGUGGUGGAGCUGAGCAGAGAGCUGCCUCACUGUUGCCCUCCAGAGAAGGAAAGCUGUGAGCGAGAACCACCGGACGGUUGCGCCAUUCAGGAUGGAGGUCUACCCCAGUGGAAGCUGCUGCUGUACGGGACCCUGGUCAAACACUACAGCAACACCAACAGGCCUCCUCUGCUGCCACAGAACAUGACGGACGUCUAUACGGCCAUCACAGACCUGCUGGUGAACGCCAAGUUGGAUAAGGCUCUGGUGGCUCUGCAGCUGUGUCUGAAGCUGCUGCCUCCAAACAGAAGAGAAGAGCUGCGCAGGUUGCUGACAUUCAUGUCUUCAGCAGCUGAACCACAGGCGGUAAAGGUGGACAAGGAGAUAGAGAACAGACUCGCCGUUAAGAAGUCAUUCUCCAAGGCAGUACUACACAGCAAGACUCUCCCAAAGGAAAAGGAGGAUCUAAUGCUGGUCUUUAUGCUCAGCAACAUAAAGGAAAUCUUUAAGAUCCCCGGGUCUCUGCACAAAGUCAUCAGUGAGAAGCUGGCCGGACUUGCUCAGGGCAUGGAGCCUGGCGUUGCUGGCUCUUCUCUGCAGGUCUCCAACAAGGUUUAUGCCGAGUCUGCCAAGAAGAAUACAGACCAGGAAUUAUGGGUUCUGCUGAACAACAUUAACCUGGAUACCAAGAUGUCAGCAAAGGAGAGAAAACGUCUCCUCAGGCAGUUUUACUUGGCCCACCCAGAGAUAUUUAACCAGUACUUUGGUGACUCUGCUGCCGCUGAGCUGUAGAACGUCACAGUUCUGGACCGUUUUGGUUCUCCACUGAUCAGCCUCUGGAGAGAUACUGUAAACUAGGAAGGUGUACUAAGGGAUGAUGUGUUUUACACAUUUGGGUUCAGAUGUUCAGAGUACAACGUUUAAUUUGACGGAGCUUUAAGAUUUCUAAACAGGACAUUGUGGUUCUGAACCGGCAGUAAAACAUUUGAUUUUUGAAUUGGUCAAAUGUAAGAUGCUGCUUUGUUGAACUUCUUAUCCCAGCCUCCUUGGUCCUUUCAGUUCUCCUUUAACUGUGGCAUUUUUGGGACAGUAUGUACUAUAUCUGAAUGUAAAUACUUGAACAUUAUGCUUCCUAUUGUUCCAUAUUUGUUUAUUUGCUUUAUUUUCUAAGCUAAUUAAAUAAACUUUGCUCAUUUGCAAAAAAAACAAACAAACGGAAAA